AUGUCGCCGCUCGGAGGCCGCCUCGCGCUCGCCGCGACGGCGAAACACCCGGGGAUCAAGCGCACGCGCGCGCUCACGCUGCAGUCCCCGUCCGCGGCGACGCACGUCCCGAAAUGCGGCCGCGGGUGCGACGUCCUCGACGACGUCGUCGCGGACGACGUCGAAAAGCGCGAUGAUCCCUCGCGUUCGACCACGACGACGACGACGGCGGCGAGGCACGCGCGGCGGCGCAGCCUCGACGCGAACUUCACGAUGGACGGCGUCGCUUCUCUCGCCGCGACGACGGCGGCGGCGGCGGCGGACGUCCUGUCGCCGAAACGCGCCGCGCACGCGCGAUGCGCGUCCGGCCCGCUCAGCGCGCGCGGGCUGGGAUCCGCGGAGGACGCGCUACUCCGAGGACGCGACGGCAUCGCGUACAUCGACGGAACGAAGAUGCCGCGCGACGGGUGGUACCAGCGGUGUUUCGGGUGCGGGUCGUGGACCGCGCAGAGCGUCGUGCUCGGCGACUUCGAGGUGUUUCGCUGCGCCGCGUGCGCGAAGGAGUUCCGCCGCAGGAGUCGCGCCUCCGCGGCGGCGGAUGACGCCGACGACGGCGUCGCCGCGAGGAGGCGGAGCUCCGACGCGACGUCGACGACGUCGACGACGUCCUCCGACGCGGAGGACGACGAGACGACGGCGUCGUCGUCGAGUCCGAAUCUGAUUCCGAAUAAUCCGGACCCGCGCGCGAGGACGGCGAGGAAGAUCGCCAUUCGCCGCCGCCGCAGACGGAGCGUCGGCGAAGCCGCCGCCGCGGAGCUGCCCGCCGUGGACGCGCGAACGCUCACGACGCUGGUGAGCAAACUGAGGAGGUUUCUCAUCGAGGCGCGGCCGAAGAACGGCGUGGAGUGCUCGAUGACGCGGCGGACGCACGCGUCGGGGAUGUUGCCGACGUCUCCGCGUCCCGCGGCGGCGUCGUGA